AUGUCUGCACCAACAUGGAAUCGACAUCUGCCUUACCGGAACCGCCGACAUAAACUACGACCAGUCCAACAUCUCAACGGUCAACCUACCUCUACUCCACCAGCGACUCCUCAUACUCCAGUACCACAGCGAGCUGACCCAGAAUCACCUUUCACGACCAGCGCCACACCAAGUCGACGAUAUGUUCGACCUUGCAAGCCCUUUCCUUUCUUCCAACUUCCUGGAGAAAUCAGGAACAAAAUCUAUGACCUUGUCGUCUCCGAAACUCGAAUCGUCAUUUCGGCCAGCCAUCCUCAAAAAGAGCUGGACCAGCUCAAGACACAACAACCACUAAAGAAGCACAAACGGCCCCGUUGUCGACUCUCGGGCAAAUUCGUUGGAGAUGCUGCACCCAGAGCUCUAAUGUUCACUUGUCGUCAGAUGAAUCAGGAGGCGGUCGAGUUCAUCUAUGCCAGGACCACCUUCUGCUUUGAUCGAUUCGUGGUCAUCAACAAAUUCCUCAAUGUCAUCCCAAAAGCCGGCGCCAGGAGUAUCGAGAGUCUGCAGAUCACUCAUACGGGGUAUAGUGAGCCUCAAUGGAUGGAUAACCGGGUCUGGAAAUUCCGCCAUGAUGCCAAAUGGAAGAUGACACUGGAGAGAGUCAAAGAAGAAAUGACAAGUUUGUCUCGGCUCAAACUCGACUUGACCUUCUUCGACUGGCCGUGCCGACUCGAGACGAGCGAGAAGUGGGCUAGACCCUUACUUCACCUUGCAGGGGACGGUCUCGAUUGGGUGGAUAUUACCUUGAAUCACGACAGAUUCCAUGUUGUGAAAAAUGCCGCAACUGCAAAGGAACUCGAGAAUCGAAUGAUGACGACAGAGGGCAAGAAGAACAAGAUCAAGGAGGCCAAGCUGCAAGCCAUCCUCGAGAAAAAGAGGAAAGAGGAAGCGCAAAGGAAGGCGACAAAGGUACUGACCAUCAAGAUGCCUUUGACGGACAAACUCAAGGUGAGCAAUGUGCCGCUGAAGAAAAAGGGCAAGGGUCUGGAGCAUUAUUCAUGGGCUCAACCUUCUGUUGCAUAUUGCUAG